AUGCCACCCGCCACCCGCCCCAAGAAAGUGAGGGAGGAGAACGUGGUGAACGAUGAUAAAAACUGGAGGCUGAGAAUCAAGGAAGAGACGGAAUCGCAGAGGCACUUCGAGUCGGAGUGGGGAUUUUUACUUCCAGACUACGAUAGUAGAUCGGAGGCGACGAGGGGACCGAUCGAGAUGAAGAAGAGUGCAUAUUACGACUACCAAACAAGGCAAUGGACUGUGCUCGAAAAGCGUGUCACCGCACCCUCUGCGCAGCAGUCUUCGGAGUCCGACGAGGUGGCGGACUCAAAAUCUGUCGCAGGCGUGACGGCUGCGACACACCAGACCCUCAUGGAUUCGAUCCCGGCGAACACCGCUUUCCUGACAAGCAACCGGGCCUAUGGCGCCCGCAAGACGCUCGAGUGCUUUGGGACGAGCGAGUACGGGGUGAGGGCGAUACAGAAAAACAUGGCGAAAUCGUUAGAAUUCAGACCGAUGCAUCCGUUCUGAGGGACGCCGGGGAAGAGGAACGACACUGUACUAUCUCUAAAGUUCUUUGUAAAGUUACGCUCAACUAAGAUUCUGCCA